CGUCUCGCAGAGGUCACCUCAUUUAAUCCUCCACACAGCCCUAUGAGGAACAGUUUAUUAUAUCCCCACUUUCCAGAUGAGGAACUGAGGCACAGAGGUUACUCAGGAUUCAACUCCAGUAGUCAAAUGUCUCCAUGCCUGUCCCUCCUCCCCAGACUCCAUGCCAGAGUCCACUGGGCCCCUGAGGACUCUGUACCAGGGCUGGCUGAGCUCCCCAGGUCCUGGAGUCCUUAUGGGCUCACCUGUCUUCCCACUCCCCCAGGAUGUCACGACCGGGCUGUGCUGCUCUAUGAGUAUGUGGGCAAGCGGGUUGUGGACCUGCAGCACACCGAGGUCCCUGAUGCCUACCGUGGGCGUGGCAUCGCCAAGCACCUUGCCAAGGCUGCCCUGGACUUUGUGGUAGAGGAAGAUCUGAAGGCCCAUCUCACGUGCUGGUACAUCCAGAAGUACGUCAAGGAGAACCCCCUGCCACAGUACCUGGAGAGGCUGCAGCCGUGACCUUGGCCAUAUGCAGGAGUGCUCCCUCCAGACUUUCCCACUCGGCCUUUGCCCAGCCCCACAUGCUCUCAGGAACCUGGUCCCUCGGGGAACAGAUGCAGAGUUAUUUUUGUAAGGAGCCUCAUCUGGCCUCACAUCCAGGUCACUACAGGCAGCUGGCCAAGGAUGGGCAGAAACCUGUUGAUCAAGGUGCAGGGGAGGCCAGGCAGUCUCAGUAGCUCCUACUAUGCAAGGGCGUCACAGAGACCUUCCACAGGCAGCAUGGGGGCCUAUGUCAGUCUGGGUCCUUCCUGCUGUUCCCUGCUCAGCAGUCAGCAGGACGGCUGAUUUGAGACCCUAACCACCACCUCUCCUGGGCCUGUUGUGUCCUUUUUGCAAAUAAGAAGAAUGCCCUGGAGCCAAGAGGAGGAAUAAGAAACCUCAUGUGCCAACAUCUGAAUGUGACAGUGUCAGGCUGCACCUGCCACGUGUGCUCCCCCUCUCUGUCUCAGACUUCUAGGCCUAGUGGGAGCCACAGGAAAGGGCAGCCUUCCCCAACGGGAGAGCCAAGGAGAGUGGUGGGCAUAGCACAGGCUCAGCUGUGCAUGUACACACGCACACACACAUGAACACACAUGUGAACACAUGCAUAUGGGAUGUGGCAUGUGGCCAGGCUGGUGGAGAUAUGUGUGGUGGGUGUUCUCUCCUUGGUACUCUAAUUUCUGUUGGCCUCUCCUAGAUUGCUGUGCAAGACACCGACACCAUCCCUCGGGGGCUGCCCUCCCUGCACCUAUCUGCCAGGUGCAGCUCUGUGGCUACCCUGGGAACUGCAGGAUGAGUGGAUGUCUUAGAGCUGGGCUGGGAGGGAGAUGGACUGUCCAAAAACUACCCUCGCCACCCAAGAGGAAGAAACAUUUUAACUCAGAGGGGUUUCCUUUUCAGCCACUAGAUACCAGAGUGGCCUGUUUUGUGGCUGGCCACAGUUAGGCAGGCUCUGCCACCCAUUGGGUACUAGGGCUCCUCCCCAGACCAGCCUUCCUGGACACGGCCUGGUCACCAGUCCAGGACAUUUUGCUUCUCUGGGACCAUCCUGUCUGAGGCCCUGCAGCUUUCUCAGGGGUUGGUUUGGGCUCAGGGUCCCAACUUCUUUUGCCCCAUUCCCCAAAGCAUCAGAUUUGUUCCUGUUCAUCUGUGGUGCUAAAGGGUGACCAGGAGUUAGGGGUUCUUUGAAGCUGAGACAUUUAACACCAAAUCCCUUGGGGAUGGUGUGUCCCCUCCAGACCUCUGGGUGGGGGUGGGGGGGGUCUGGGACUGGGCUUUGGGAGGUAGGGAGAAACUGACCAGGACCCCCCCAUGUCUUCCUCUGGUGCUGGGGCCAAGGGAGGGGUGCGUGCUAGGGCACUGGUUGUCAUGGUGACCCCUCUAUCUGACUCCCUGUGGCAGCUGCUGGUGUGGCCUAUGGUUUCAUUUUCCACUCACCUUCAUGCUGCCCCGUCUCUUGGCACGGGAGCCCCAUUGCUCUCUCGGCCACAUCAGCCCAGGUACCCAUCCCAGUUAUGGUACACCCAGGUUUUUCCUCUCCCUCCCCCAGGACCAUUGAGAUCAGCAUGUGUGAGGCCUGACAGCAUGCCUCUGAGGGGCCCAGAGCCCCCACCGCCAUGUUUAGGGCAUGGACCAGCAGUGGUGAUAUCCUGAGCACCCUCUGCAAUCCCAGCCCUCACCUCAUGUGAGAUGCUUCUGCUCCUCCAGGAAUUCCUGGGAGCUGAGACCACCCUCCGCAGCUGAGUUUGCCAAAGAAGUCCCUAGGUCUCUAGGAAGACGCAGCUGGCAGGAAGUAGACUCAUGCUACCCCUGUCCCCUGCAGGACUAAGGUACCCCAUUCCUGGUGAAAGAGCAGGUUGUAGGCCAAAGAGUGGACAGAUGGGCCAGGGCCCUCCUCCCUUUCUCCCAAGGAGUCACCCCCUCCCUAUCUGCACAUCCCUCCCCAAGUUCAAUCACAGACUCCAUCAUGAUUCCUGGUAGAUCAGUGAGCUGGACUAUGGCCCACCACCUUCCCAAUCUGCCCAUAGGAAGGCCCUGCAGUGGUGGCACUGGGGACUCCCUUGGGAGGCCCCAGAGGUAUAGCAGGGACCCUGAGGAACAGAGAGAGCCAUGUGGCACCAGGAAGGAGAGGGCCUGUCUCUACUGUACUGUUGCCUCAAUCUCACAACCCUGGUGCUAAGCCCUCACAAGUGACUUGCCCACCAGCCAGGCCAUAGAUCACUCAGUACUUGAACCAGCAGACGUGGGGUAUGGAGUCUACAGCCCAGGUUUGCACAGGGCCUGAGCCCUGCAGGUAUAACCUGGGCCUCUCUCCUCAGGCUGCCUUAAAGUACCAUUCACCUCAUUCUAGGGGCCACCAGGCUAUGCAGGGCUGGGCUGUGGUCCCUCGAGAGCCUCAUGCCUGCAGCAAUAACCACAUUCCCCAGGCCAGGGGCUCUGGGCCCACCACAAACACCCCUGAAACCCCUAACCCACCCCUCGGCUAGCCUCUGGUGCCACCCCCUGUGCCUGGUGACCCAGUCUUGCCUCUGUGCUAUCCUGGGAUACUCUAGUCACUUGUGGCCAAUACGUCUCAGUAAGACCUGUGCAGGGCACAGCAGAGGAACCCUUGGGUCCCUGCUCCCCUGCAGACCACUUGCUGUCCUGCCAGUCUCAUCUGGUGAGCUUCUCUUUCUUGCCUGGCCAAAAUAGUUGGUAACUUAUGUGCCUUUCCUACUUAGGACCCGUUACAGGUGGUGUCUGGGUCAAGGCUGGUCUCUAGACCAGCUCUUUGUUACUUUCAAACUUGUGAACAGACUGCACAUUGUGCUUUCCAAUACACGUGAGGCCUGGUGAAGGGACAUGCCGUGUGGCCCAGCACUGGCUGCCUGGCUUUGUCCCCCUGCAAUUUUGUCUUUAGUUCUGUUUUUAAUUGGUGAGGAAGCUGGAGAGCCUCUGAGUCCCUGGGCCUCCCUGAGGAGGGAGUGAGAAGUCAGGCUGGGAGUGGUCUCCCAGGCUGGGAUUGGCUCCCUCCUUGGUAUCCCCCACUUUUUCUGCGUGUUGGGCUCAGCCUCACUUUUCUUUGAGGAUCUGAGGGGUCUGAGCAUAGUCCAGGUUUGGUGAGGACUUCUCACAGGGCAGUGAUGGUGUCAGGGUCCUAGAGUCUGGGUAACUGCCAUCCAUGGCUGUUCCUCCCUGCCAGCCCAGGUCUCACACCUUAGUUCCUGCCACCUCCUACAGCCAGGGCUCUGGGGCCUCUCCCUCACCAGAGCAGCUUUGUGGGCCUCUAGAGAACAACCUAUGAUGACAUGCCAGCACCGCUCUUGGCUGUGAGCUCUGUGAAGAGGCAGGGCCAGCCUCAUGCUCACAUGGACCCAUCAGGGGAAGCAGUGGUUGCUGUUCCCAGAAUACCAGGUCAGCCUCAUCCCAUCUCAUGCUGGCUACCCAGGGAGGAGUAGACUCCCAAAGGAGCACUUUCCUUCCCGGCUCCCACUUGGGGCUCCACACAGCAACUACUAGCCCUGUUGCACACCUGCCCCACUCAACUGUCAGCACUGCCAUGAGACAGGAGUGUUAGGCCUGUUUGACAGAUGAGAGCGGGACUGAGGCUCAGUGUGGGACAGUCAUAAGCUUGUAGCCAUACAGCUUGGGGAGGACUCAUACCCUGUCUGCUCUAUCCUGUGCCAUGAGGUCUGUCUACUUAAGGUGGCAGAUGGCCCCAGAAGGCAAUAAACAGGCUCAGCGCCUGUGACUCAAGUGGCUAAGGCGCCAGCCACGUACACCUAAGGUGGCGGGUUUGAA